AUGGAGGAGGCUCCGCUUGUGUCAUUGGUUUAUCGGAUGCUGAGAAACCCAAGACCGGUUACCCUUGUUGGAGCUUUUUGCACGGCAUGUGGAGCAAUUUUCUCUUCUCUUUCUCAAACCCCGGUGAUAUUCUGUCUGUGCUUCGCUUUAUUCGGAUUAGGCAGCUCAGUGGUCUUUGUAUCAUCCAUUUUGACCCUCAAAGGGGUUGCAAAUGAUCGAUUCAACGUGAUGUAUGGGAUAGCUACAUCCGGAUACGCAUUUGGUUCUUUGUUUGUUCCAAUUGCAGCUGAAUAUUUCCAGAGUAUCUACGGCUGGAGGGGGGCUAUGUUGAUACUUGGGGCACUAUCCGGGAACAUGAUUCCGUUCGCAAUCGCGCUAGGGCCCUCCUCUUUCCCGGGUGAACAGGAGAGUCAAGAUGGUCUCUUAACCGAAGAAAGUGGAACGGAAACUGGGGUAUACAGCUUUAGUAGCAAAUUUUAUUCGGAUUCAUCAUCUGAUUCAACAGACGAUGACAUGUCAUCAACUGAAAAUCUUGAUUCAAAACAGCUUGGAACAAGAGAAAGGUCGCAGCUAAGUUUUGAAGAUGAGAUUGACGUUGACAGUGAUCAGAGUUCGACUGGCACUUAUAGCCUUAAAUGGACAGAUCGAAUGAAAAAGAUUCGAAUGGGAGAGCAUACCACAAGAUUCUACUCUUCGGGAAAAGAAGCAAUCUAUAAGAAUAACAGUAAACAUCAAAGAAUGGAAAGACGUGGGUUCUGCAACAAAUUUCAUGAAACCCUGAGCACCUGUGGAAGUCUUUGGGAGCCCUGCCUGGUGACCUUAACAUUUUCAUACUUUGUGAUGGGUAUAGAAGUUGCAGGUUGGCGCUUCUUAUUCGUUCCCCGAGCCAUUGACGGAGGUCAGUCACUAACCAAUGUCCACAUCCUAGACCUGACGGUUGCCUCUGCCACGUUUAUCAGCCGUCUCACACUCGGCUUCGUACUCCGGAAAUCUGGGAAUACGACGACAGUUCUGUUGUGCUUGGUGAUCACAGAAGAAUUCUCCAAGUUCCUCGACGUCUUUGUUCCCCAGUUUCCAGUGAUGCUUCUCUGCUCCUUUCUAUCCGGGAUUGCUCUGGAAGCGAUGGCGUUCUUACCGGUCAUUCUUGGUGCAGAACUCUUGCUGGUACCCGAAAACUUCGAUGUUCUCUUCGGAAUCCUCGAGAUGUUGCAGGGAGCGGGAAUUUUAGCUGGAGGGGGCAUUUCAGGUCUCAUUGCUGGUGAACUUGGAUACAACCCAGCCUAUCUCGCUCUGGCAACCACCAAUGGGGUGACUUUUCUAUUGGUCAUAAUCCUCAAGCUUUGUGAAAGGAGAAGGACAGGAACGUCGUGA